GUAUUCUGUAGUAGACAGGAAUUGUUAGUUUGUUGCCUGAACCACCAGAAUCAUCUACAGAGUGAAAGGCCUAUUAUAUGUGGAUCUAAAAAUUCAGAAAAAUUCCCCAACUCCAAUCAACAUCAGAUCAUCUCUGAAAAAUGGUGGCAGCCAUUGAUGUUUCACUACCAAAAUCAAGUUUUCUGCAGAAUUCUCGUCAUACCACCGGACAACAUCAUUCUUGUUUUCUUGGUGGAGCCAGUUUGCAGGGGUUUCCUUUACAAUUAAACAUCCAAAACAGGAAGAGAUAUCUCAUUAAUUUGUCAGUUGCUUCAAGCAAUAGCAGUAGUGGUGGCAGAUUUUACUUGAAUUUCACUGGUUUUCCAUUUCCUUUAGGCCCUUUCUUUAAUAGGAGGACUACAAGAACCGAGGUUGUCAAAGAUUGUAUGUGGCUAUUCGAACAAGAGCAAGCGCUAGGAUUCAGUAGUGUCUCUACUAACACACGAAUGACUGUUAUCAAACUCAAGUCUGGAGGGUUGUGGAUCCAUGCACCUAUUGCUCCAACCAAGGAGUGCAUAAAGCUUGUGAAGGAACUUGGAGCCCCAGUGGAAUACAUUGUCCUGCCUACAUUUGCGUAUGAGCACAAAAUUUUUGUUGGACCAUUUUCCAGAAAGUUCCCUCGAGCUCAAACGUGGGUAGCACCAAGGCAAUGGAGUUGGCCUCUAAAUUUUCCACUUGAGUUCUUUGGGAUCUUUCGCUCUAAAACCUUAGUAGAUGAAGAUUUGUCAACACCUUGGGGAAAUGAGAUUGAGCAGAAAGUUCUAAGUUCACCGGAAGUUGGAAUUGGACCAUACGUGGAGGUAGCAUUUUACCACAAGAAAACAAGAACAUUACUGGUAACCGAUGCUGUCAUAUUUGUCCCUGCCCAACCACCUGAAUGUAUUAGCAACGCUUCAUUGUUAGCAGCUGCACAAAAUGGUUUAGCCGUAAAGAUACUUAGCAAAGGAAGAGAUGUCCCUGAUGGACCAGUUAUUGACAACAAAAUGAACCGUCAAAAAGGAUGGGAGAGAAUGGUUCUUCAAAUCCUGUUUCUUGGUCCCUCAAAUCUCUUGGAACCUAAAGCUAGCUUUGGUCAGAUGUCACAGAAAUUGAUAGUUUCACCUAUCGUCAAGACAUUGGUUUUCAACAAAGUUCCUGAGAAGGUAAAGGAUUGGAUUGACAGGAUUACAAGGGACUGGGCAUUCAAGAGAAUAAUUCCUGCACAUUUUGCUGCUCCAGUAAAUGCAAGUAGGUCAGACUUCUUGGCUGCCUUUGGAUUUCUUGAUGAACUUUUGGGUACAAGUUACGUGAGACGUCCAUCGGUUUCUCUUCUACUCACAUCCAUUAUGGGAAAAGCAGGAAGUUACUUUCCGCCCGAUGAUAUGAAAACACUGUCUUCACUUGAUCAGUUUUUAGUCUCAGUUGGAGCCGUAAAAAAGACGGUAUCUGGCAGAAAACAGUAAUACAAGAGCCAUGUAGGUCACUCCUUUAUACUGACCUAUUAUGUAAGUGAAUGUAGCACACCACAUAUAGAAAAUUUAUCAAUGUUUUACAUGAAUGCGUUCCUACUCUUUUA